AGUGGAGACACGCGCUACGUGGUAACGAUGACAAGAAGAUUACAAAUGUAGAUAAGUAUAUAUACAGACACUUAGCCACACAGAAAAAGGGGAAAAGGAAAAUACUCAGAAAAUGAAAGAAAAGGAGAGAUGAUAAACAAAGGAAAAUAGAGAGAGAAAAGUCCAGAGAUGAGAGAGCAUCGAUGGAGACCCGCUUUUACCACUUUUACAUGUUGCACGCAUCCAUAUCACGGCAGAGAGAUGAAGAAAAGAGAUGAUUAUUGAGAAAAAAAGUGGGCGCCAGUUACAAGUUUUGAGCUUCUGCAUGUGUUCUUCUUCCGUACCCAAGCUGUUGAGUCUCUCUCUCUCUCCCUCCCUCCUUUCGUAAUCUUAUUUGUUCUGAGAUCUAGGGUUUACUGGAUUUUCACUGUUUCCAUCUGCUCUGAUCGAUAGUUCCUUAGACCGAAUGCCAUGCCCCUACCCUUUGAACAAUUUCAAGGGCAGGGGGGUCUGGAUUUCUCCUCACUAUGUUCAGAUUCUUCCUUGAAAGACAAAAUAUGGGCAACCACUCAGAAAAUCGGUGGAGAUUUCUCCCAUGUGGUCGGAAGUAGUAGUGGUUUCUCUGAGCCGACGUCUGCUCUCGACGGUCUGAGAAGUCCGAGCCCUCUCGCUUCCUCCUCCACCACCGUGCUGUCUUCCUCCCACGGCGCCACCGCUGCCGUCUCCGUCGCCGAUGAGAAAUGGGGCCAGAUUGGCUUGGAACAUCUCGACGGUGAUUCGCCGGGUCAUGAACAGAGCAUCGUCAGGUUAAUCAUGGGAGAUGUCGGAGACCCGGGUUUCGGAUUCGGGGCUCUGGAUCCAGGAUUCGGGUUUGGGUCCGGCUCGGUGAUCGACGGCGUUUAUCGUGGCUUACCGCUUCAAGCUGUGUUUCAAGAACAGCCCGCUGAAUCCUUUGGGGAGAAAAUUCAGAUUACGAAUCUAGAGGCUCUAAUCAACCAAAGUUCGGCACUUUUCUCUCCGCUGUCGAACUCUCCAUCUUCUCCGAUGGCAAAGCAUCUCAAUUUUGGUCCGAACUGGUCUCAGCCCGAUUUUCACCAAAACCAGAGGGCUUUACCGUUCUCGGAUCCUGGUUACGACACGUUUCAUAGUCGCCGGCAGAAACCGCCUCCGCCUCCGCCAAAAUUGGUCUGCGACAGCCAGUCGGCAGUGAUCAACCAGCUGUUCAACGCGGCGGAGCUGAUCGGAACCGGCGGGGACCACGUUAUCGCGCAAGGGAUAUUGGCGCGGCUCAAUCACCACCUCAACAACACUAUCUGUAACAACAACAAGCCUCCGUUUCAGAGAGCGGCUCUGUACCUCACCGAAGCACUCUACUCGCUCCUCGUCUCCGACUCUGCGAUUUCUUCACCCCAAAAUCUGAUUUUGAGAAUCGCUGCUUACAGGGCCUUCUCAGAAACGUCUCCGUUCCUUCAAUUCGUCAACUUUACGGCUAAUCAGGCGAUCCUCGAUUCCUUGGAAGGGUUUGAUCAGAUCCACAUUAUCGAUUUCGAUGUUGGGUUCGGUAGCCAAUGGGCUUCUCUGAUGCAAGAACUCGUCGGAAGAAACAGAGCAGCUCCGCCGUUGAAAAUAACGGCGUUUGCUUCUCCGUCCACAUUCUCUGACGAAUUAGAGCUCCGUUUCGCUGAAGAAUGCCUUAGAACCUUUGCCGAAGAAGUCGAGAUUCCGGUCAAGAUCGAACUCCUCUGUCUCGACCUGCUUCUGGACCCAAUUCACUGGCCUCUGCGCCUUCGCUCGUCGGAAAAAGAAGCCAUCGCCGUGAAUCUCCCCAUCAGCUCCGUUAUCUCUGGCUGUCUUCCGUUAAUCCUCCGUUUCCUCAGACAAAUCUCACCAAACGUGGUCGUUUGCUCCGACAGAGGCUGCGACCGCAACGAUGCGCCGUUUCCAAACGCCGUGAUCCACGCCCUUCAGUACUACACCUCCCUCCUCGAGUCCCUGGAUGCUGCAAAACCAAGCUCCGACGUGGCGGACAGCAUCGAGAGGCUCUGGCUGCAGCCGUCGAUGCAGAGGCUGCUGGUAAAUCGGCACCACUGGACGGAGAGAGCGCCACCAUGGAGGAGCCUCUUCGGACAAGGUGGGUUCACAGCGUCGAGUGUGAGCCACGCGGCGGAGGCACAGGCAGAGUGUCUGGUGCAGAGGAGUCCGGGGAGAGGCAUCCACGUGGAGAAGAGGCUGUCUUCGUCUUCCCUUGUAUUGUGUUGGCAGAGGACAGAACUUGUUUCCGUCUCCGCUUGGAAAUGUCAGAUGUAAGCUCAUCUCCAUGUUUUUAGUCUUAGUUCUGUGUUUUCAAUGUUAAUGGUUUCGAACACGUGUCCUUGGUUUAACUGUCUAAAUAUAAUAUUAUGAAAACGAGCCUGUUCUUGAACCGGCUUGCUCUCCCCUGA